GCUGCAGCGUCGCAGUGGGGCCAUCUUCGGCCCGCAGGCUGGUUCGGCCAGCGCACCCGCGCCGGCCUGAUGGCGCCGCGGCCGCUGAGCCCUCUGCUAGUGGCGCUGGGCGGCGCCGCGGCCGUGCUCGGCUCGGUGCUCUUCAUCCUCUGGAAGGCCUACUUCGGCCGCGGACAGGAACGGCGCUGGGACCGCGGCGAAGGCUGGUGGGGCGUGGAGCCCGUCCGCCUCCCCGAGUGGGACGAGUGGGACCCCGAGGACGAGGAGGACGAAGACCCGGUGCUGGAGGAGUUGGAGCAGCGCGAGGUGCUGGUGCUGGGCCUGGAUGGCUCCGGGAAGAGCACGUUCCUGCGUGUGCUGUCCGGGAAGCCGCCGCUGGAAGGCCAUGUCCCCACCUGGGGCUUCAACUCUGUGCGGCUGCCCACCAGGGACUUCGAGGUGGACCUGCUAGAGAUCGGUGGCAGCCAGAACCUGCGCUUCUACUGGAAGGAGUUUGUGAAUGAGGUGGACGUGCUGGUGUUCAUGGUGGACUCGGCCGACCGGCUGCGGUUGCCCUGGGCGCGGCAGGAGCUGCACAGGCUGCUGGACAAGGACCCUGACCUGCCUGUCGUCGUGGUGGCCAACAAGCAGGACCUGAGCGAGGCCGUGAGCGUGGUGCAGCUGCAGCAGGAGCUGGGCCUGCACACCGUGGACAGCCAGCGGGAGCUCUUCCUCCUGGGGGCCAGCAUCGCCCCCGCGGGGCCCGGCUUUGAAGACCCUGGCACCGUGCACGUCUGGAGACUGCUCUUGGAGCUCCUCUCCUAGGCUGCCCCUGCCGCUCGCCGACCGGCCCUGGAGCCCAGGGCUGCUGCUCCAUCUCCAGCAGUGGCCCGGGGCGGGAGCCACGUGGCAGCUCGUCCCUGCAGCUAGCCCUCUCAAGCAGGGCCUGGGCAAGGCUGAGGACCACCGCGAGGAAGCCUUCCUGGUGAGGUGGCCGUGGGGCUGCCGCAGGGAGGUGGAUGGGGCACAGGGCGGCCCGGAGUGGCCGUCUCUGGCCUGGGAGUGGGCCCAGCUCUCACCAGUGAAGGCCUCUGCUCCUGGCCUGUGCGGUGAGCUGCUCUGUGGGCCCAGUGCUCCCCUCCCUGCAGGUAGGAGUGGCUGAGGACCGGGACGGGUGCCAGAGUGCUCCCCGUCUGGACUGUGGCUCCCGGUAACUCCAUGCCACAAUCCCGCGAGCGGUUCUGGGCGGCUGUGGGGCCCUGGCUCUCGGGUCCACGUUGCCUCCAGCCCAGCGCUGCCCCGAUCGGGCUCACGGUCUUGACAGGCCUCUUCCUCUCUGGCCCUGGGGCCUUCAUUAGCACGGUGAUUUCUGUGGACUUUUCAGACUAGACCGGAAGAUGCAUUACCUGCUUACAGAGGUAAGAAGCGUGAGGACUAGCCCGGAGAUCCUAGCAAGGAUCCCAAACUUCCCUGCUUCCCCAAGCCAAGGCCUGGCCCGCCAGCCCCUUGUGACCAGAGUGAGUGGUGCCCCCCCCCCCCCCCCCCCAACUCUGGAGACUGAAGCUGCUGCUCCCGCACAGACUGUGCCGGAGCCCGUGUGUACACAGGUAGGGGACAGAGGCGUUCCGUUCCCAGAGCGGAAGUCCGGAGACCGUCCGCCAGAGCUGGGCACUGGACGGCCGCCCAGAACUGCGUGGCGAUUAUUUAUUUAUUUAUAAAGGAACAGGCCAAAGGUGCAGCCUGUUUCUGGGUGCUGCUACCAAAACUCCAGACGCCUGCCACGGGAAGUUCGGACCUUCGAGGAGGACGGCGGGAGUCGCGAGUGACACGGGGGGAAGCCACCUGUGUCGGAAGUCCCUGAAGCUGUGGCUCCCCCUGCCUUAGCAGACUCGGCUGCACGGGAACCGCAGCUCGGUCGGCAGGUCGGACUGAUCCUGAGUGGGUGACAGACUCUGGGACAGGCAACUGCAGUCGUGGGAAUCCAGGCAAACAGGAUGGGACUCAGCCGACCCGCCCAGAGGGCAGCCUGGGGCCCGUUGCUCCGCGUUUCUGGGCUGAGGGUGGCCCGGCCCCAGCCCUGCGGGACGGAGUUCCGGUGUCCCCUCCAGCGCGCAUCCACGCCCCUCCUCCUCCCCGGGACCAGCCGGGGCGAGGGCCACCUUGUCUCCACGUCGGUGCCUCUCAUCAGUGCUGGCAGAGGACGGGCAUCUUGUCUGUCGGCACCACGGAAUGACCAACAGCCACAGGUGGACUUUUUUUUUAUGAGCAGCUAUCCAACUUGGUUUGCCUUCUCGUGGAGAACAGGUGACGUGCCUCCGUGUCA